AUGGCGGUUGGUCUCGACGAGACGCUCAGCGAUUGCUUCGAAAAGUUCACCAAUUUUCGUCAAACGUUCACACUUCAAGAAGAGGUCUACUGCGAGAUCCAUCUCAUUCUGCUGCAUUUCGCGCAAAUGGAGCUCGCCGCCGAUGGCGUCGACGUCGCGCCGAUUCGACGCUGCCGUUCGGCGAAUAUCCGUUCGACCAUCGCCGAAAUGAUGCCGCAAUUCGUGUUUCGCGACAGUCAGGAGCAUCGAAUCAACGAAAUGCUCGUCGAGUUCGAGGCGACGCAACGCGCCGAUUGUCUCGUUCUCAAAGAUAUCCGACGAAUCAGUUUGAUGAUCAAAAUCAUGAAGAAAUAUCGAGAGGUUCGCGAGACCGAUGACGGCUACGAGACGGACCCUGGACGCGAAAUUCCGCGGCCAUCUCUACUGGAAACAUUUUUUAAAAUCUCUAUCAACUUUUAUUAA